UGUUCCUACCGCAUGGCCAGGGUAUGUAAGUACCAUGCAUGAAUUUCUCUACAAGUGUGGAUGAGUCAUGGGUUUUCAAUAACAUUUCAUCAUCUACAGGUGCAGGCGGGCGUCUUCCUGGUGGUGCUGGUGGCAUCAGCCCCGGCGGCAGCAUCGUGGAUAUUCCCUGACCAGAAGCAAGCGGCGCCCAGCAGUAGGGACACGGAGGGUGUGAGCGCAGACCUCAACCUGCUCACCCUUGUGUCAGGCCAGUCACCGCCUGCAGCAGCACAUGAUGGCCUCGCGCUGCUCCGCCACCUGCUGCACGCCAAGAACAACAACAACAAGGUGCCGCGGAGCCUGGACGCUCACACGCCCUCGCUCAGCCCUCCCUCGGGUGUCACCGUCCACCACGGUAGUCUGCUCCCCCUGCAGUUCAAGCCCUCGCCGAGUUCUCAGAGUUGCUGCACUGGGUCAGGUUUCAAGCCCAGCACGUAUCUGCUCUCCCCAGCUAACGGCCUUGGGGGUGCGGCGCCAUACAAGCACGCCAUAACCACCACAACCACACACAAGCCCUUACAUACAAUCAACGCCAUCAAUAUCUACAGACCAGUUUUCAAUUCUAUCAUCACAACUCAAAAGCCAGAAUAUAUUUAUGUGGAUGACUUAACUCAGCCUCCUCUCUCCUAUUCCACUACAGCUGCACCCCAAGCUUACAACUCCUUCGUUAACCUCAUCACAACUAGCACGCCAACGCACAACAGUAACUACGUCACUACUAACCCUCCUUACAAACCAACCACCACCACCACCACCACCACCACCUUCAAACCCCCAAGUAGUCACAACCAGAUAUCCUAUGAGUUACCUGACAAAUACAAGCCAACCAGCACCGUGCACAGACAGAUCAGCACCAGCAUCCAGCAAAACUUACCUCACCGCGACCACCACAACCACCAUCACGCCGCCAGCACCUCCAAGCCUCAGAGACAGAGCCGUGGUUAUCGGUACGGAUAUGAGGUGAACUCCCAGCACCACGGCACUUCCUUCGGCCACCACGAACGCAGCGACGGGAACACGGUGCAAGGGGAGUACCGCGUGCAGCUGCCUGACGGUCGCCUGCAGGUGGUGACGUACACUGCGGAUGGCGAGCGAGGCUUCCGGUCAGUGGUGCGGUACGAGCAAGGAAGAUAAAGUGUUCCCAGAGAGAGGUCAACUUAUCUGUUUACCUGCGACACAAGGAUCCCCCACAGAGAGUAUUCCAGAGGUGCAAUUAUAACCUAUUUACUUUGGGGAUGCAGUAUUCUUGAGGUAUCUCUUUGUUUAUCAUGCGAAGAUCCCCCAUUAAGAAUAUUCCCGAGGUAAGGCACAAUAGUUUACUCAGUUUGGGUACGAGGAUCACUCAUGAAGGCCGAGGUACAAUAAUGUGUUUACUGUUGGGUAAGAAGAAUAUCCUAUACCCUCUGGCACACCACUAUGGCAUGGGAUUAACUCUCGAGGUCAGACGAGAGGGAAAAUCUUAUAUGCCAUAAUCCAUUUUAAGAAGCAACUUAUUUACACUCCCAUUGACUUCAUACAGAUUAUUAUGCUUGCUUUUGUUGUUCCGUGACCCGUGUUCCUCUGUUUAUAUGAAGUGUUUCUAUAUAUUUGUAUUUUCAUCUCAUAUAUCACAGGUAAGUACUCAUUUUUUGUGUCAAAUGAAGAGAUUGCAAAUUGGGUUUUCAUUUGCAUUUAUGGAUGGGCGACGAAAGUACAACAUCGUGACCACUGCGCCCCAACACAACCGGACAGGCACUUGUCUCGAUCGUUUCCUUCAGAAGUACAGUAUCAUUUUGUGCUCACGUCUAUUGUUUUCCUUAUUAAUAUACCGAUCUUCUGCGUCAAUUAUCUUAUACAAAACUCUUACAUUUUUCAUUAUUUUCUCAGCUCUUAUAUUCUGAAAACUAGCGAACUAAUACAGCAUAGAUCGGAGGUACUGAAAGAAAUAAAGCUAAAAGGUUACGAUAUAACCUUAUUUUUUCCUCAUCUCUUGUGUCAGUGAUCUUACAAAACACUCUUACAUCUAACUAUAUUUUCUGAUUUCCCCAGUUCUUAUGUUCCUAAAACUAGUGAACUAAUACAACAAAGAUCGGAGGUACUGAAAGAAAAAGCUAAAAGUUUGAAAUAUAACCCCAUUUUUCUCAUCUCUUUUGUCAGUAAUCUUACAAAAAACUCUUACAUCUAACUAUAUUUUCUGAUUUUUUUUUCUCAGCUCUUAUAUUCUUAAAACUAGUGAACUAAUAUAAAAUAGAUCGGAGGUACUGAAAGAAAAAGCUAAAUGUUUGUGAUAUAACCCUGUUUUUCUCCUUAUCUCUUGUGUCAGUAAUCUUACAAAAAAACUCUUACAUCCUCCAUUAUUUUCCCACGUUCUUAUAUUCUUAAAACUAACGAACUAAUACAACAUAGAUCGGAGGUUAUUGAAAGAAAAAGGCUAAAAGUGGGCGAUAUAACCCGACUUUUCUCAUUAACCAAUCUAUCGAUUUCCUCUGUCAAUGAUCUUACAAAAGCUCUUACAUCUUAUCAUAUUCUCUCACGCUCUAAUCACUCUUAAAACUAGAUAACUAAUACAUGGUUGGUAGAUCAGAGGUACUAAAAAAAAUAAUAAAAGGCUGAUAUGGUUAUUUUCUUACGAUCUCUGUCAAUGAUCGUACAAAAGACUUUUGCAUCUUACCAUAUUUUCUCGCGCUCUUAUCACUCUUAAAACUAAAGAACCAAUAGGCUACAUUGUUGGUAGAUUGGAGGUAGUACAAGAAGGCUGAUAUGUUUGUUUUCUUACGAUCUCCUCUGUCAAUGAUCGUACAAAAAACUCUUAGAUCUUACCUUAUUUUCUCCUUCUCUUAUAACUCUUAAAACUAGAUAUUAUAUUGUUGGUAGAUUGAAGGCAGUAAAAGAAGGCUGAUAUGGUUAUUUUCUUACUAUCUUCUUUGUUAAUGAUCUUACAACAAUCUCUUACCUCUUACUAUAUUUUCUCGCGCUCUUAUUUCUCUUAAAACUAGAAAACUUAUACAUCAUUGAUAGAUCGGAGGUACUAAGAGAAAAAGGCUGAUAUGGUUAUUUUCUUACUUUCUGGCAUCCUUCAAACUAGAGAACUAAUGGCGUUGGUAGACAAGAAGAAAGAAUUUAAAGUUGAAAGAGUGCGAUAUACAUACCCGACUUUUUCCCGCGCCUACUUCAGGAGGUUGGACGGAAGAAGCUCACUUUUCUUCAGGAGUUAACCACUUCAAUACUGAUACUCAUUUUUAUCUUGACUUUUGGGUGAGAUUAAACGAUUUUGUAUACAUUAGGAAGGGUCUAUGGAGGUCAGAAAAUUAAUGGCUACAGUCUUCACUAUCUUAAUCUCCCACAUAAGUUUCUGAAGUUGUAUAAAAUCGCUGAAUAGUAAGCAGAAGGAAUAUGAAAACGCGUCGUGGUACUAAAGGGGUUAAAGAGAGCACAAGUGAAGCUGUUAAUGAAAGGAUGAUGUGAGAAUAUUUAUCUGAACUCUCUGUUACGUGUGAGAGGACAGUUCUGGCAGUGUUUGUAUAGGUGGGGCGUGGCAAACAUUCACGGCAUAGUGUUGGUAUUGUAAAGAGGUAGUGUGUGUGUGUGUGUGUGUGUGUGUGUGUGUGUGUGUGUGUGUGUGUGUGUGUGUGUUUGCAUCUAACUUUAUGCAUCUUUUUCCCUUCCAUUGCACUUUUUACACAAACAACCACCAUGCACUUUUUUUACGUUGUCUAUAAGUGUUACAUAUCUGUUAAUUUCUUAUACCGAACCACUCUUAUAGCGGCCAAUACUGACAGUGUUCGUGAUUUAGUGCAACUGUGAUGUUUAUGUAUUUCCUUGUGUUAAGCAUCAUUGAUAUUAGUUAAGUUUCUGUAUCAAUUAUUUUUUAUACUGAACUAGUUGUAUGAUAAGUGAAUAAAAGGGAUUAUCA